AUGUCGGUUCAAUUGGGUGUAUCUGGAGUGCCUGUGAUUUCUCAGGGAGCAGCAUAUGGCCUCCUGAUAGGAUUGGGCGUUGGCUUCUGCGGUGUCAUUCUGGCCGCUAUCAAAAUACAGAGAGCCUACCUUUCAGAAGAUUCGUCGACUUCAGAGAUGUUUAUGGUUGCCAACAGAUCGGUGGGGACAGGGCUAACAGCAGCAGCGGUGUUUUCAUCAUGGAUGUGGAUUAACGAAACUGUGUUUUCAGCUGCAUUCUGCUACAAAUUUGGGAUGGCUGUUCCUUUUUGGUGGGCUACAGGGCUGUGCUUUCAAAUUGCUUUGAUGGCAGCUCUUGGCGUACUGGCCAAGAUUCGCGUGCCAUAUGCUCACACAUCAUUGGAAAUUAUCCGUAUGCGUUAUGGUAAAAUUGGGCAUCUUGUGUUCAUUGUCCUCAAUAUCACAAACAAUGUCUUUGGAUGUGCAUCCAUGAUAUUAACAGGGUCGCAACUAAUCUUUGGUGUUUCUGGCAUGCAUUUUGUUGCAGCUACCAUUCUCAUUCCCCUCGGAGUGGUCUUGUAUACGGCAGUGGGUGGCCUUAAGGCGACGUUUUUGACAGACUACCUUCACACAGCUAUUGCUUUGAUCCUUAUUAUUUACUUCACCCUGGCAACUUUAACUCACGAAGCAGUGGGAGGCCUCGGAGGUUUGUAUGACAAGGUUACGGCGACGGCCUCAGAAAAUAUUAUUGCAGGAAACUACGAAGGAUCCCUGCUCACGAUGAAGUCUCUCGACUCAAUUAUUUGGGGACUGAUUCUCAAGUUCGGGAACCUUGCCCUCGUCGUCAUGGAUACGGCAUUCUGGCAAAAGUCUUUUGCUACUGAGGUCAAGGCUACUGUGCCUGGAUAUAACCUUGCCGCAAUUGCAAUAUUCGGGAUUCCCUGGGGCCUCGGUACCGUUAUUGGUCUCACUGCAAGGGCCAUUCAUGAAACCCCAAUUUUUCCGACAUACCCCGGCGAGUUCUCUCCAGAUCUAGUUAAUGCAGGCCUGGUGAUGCCGUACACAAUCAAGGCCCUGAUUGGAGACAAGGGAAUUGUGGCUUUCUUUGUUCUCUUAUUCAUGGCUCUUACUAGUACCGUCUCUUCUUCUAUGAUUGCUGUCAGCAGUAUUUUAUCCUUCGACGUAUAUAAAACAUACAUCGACCCAAAGGCAUCGGAUAAAAAGAUUAUGAGGGUUAGCCACCUCGCCGUUGUUUUCCACGCCAUAUUCAUCACUGGCAUCUCAUUAGCGCUUAACUAUGGUGGAGCUGAUAUGACAUGGAUCGGCUAUUUCAGGCCGAUCCUCUCUUGCCCUGGCAUCAUUCCUCUGGGUCUGACCCUUGCAUGGCCGAAGCAGACGAGACUAGCAGCCGUCGCAUCCCCAAUUCUCGGGUUUCUCACCGGUCUUAGCGUUUGGCUAGCUACAGCUAAGUCGCUCUACGGCACCAUCAACAUCGCAACCACGGAAGCUAGUUUUCCUGCUUUGUAUGGAGCUAUUGCGUCGUUUUUUUCACCUGCUCUUUACUCAGUUAUCAUUUCUCUUUACAAGCCAGAGACAUUUGAUUGGCGACGGUUUUUGCUUAUUGAGUUAGCAGAAGCACCAAAGCUUGAGAGACUUGAACCAUCGCUUUCAAAUGAUAACGAAAAGGAUGUCAAAACUGAUGGAGUUCUCAACGAGUCUAAUAGCCAUGGGGUUGUGGUUUCGGAUCCACAGAGCGAGAAUAUAUCAUAUACAGCUUCCGAUCCAGAGAAUGUUAAGAUUUCUGAUAUCAGAGAAAAGCGUACUAUGAGCAUAUCAAUAGAUAGCGAUAUAAGCACACUCGACCUCGAUAAUGUGCAGCAUCCAUUUGAUGAGGCGACAUUGCAAGACCUGUAUCGUUGGUACCGCAUAGCAUGGCUCUUCUUUGUCGUCGUUGUGUUCGUCACUUUUGUCGCAUGGCCAAUGCCAUUAUACAGAAACUACAUCUUCACCAAACCCUUCUUUUCAGGCUGGACGACGGUUGCGAUUAUAUGGCAAUUUCUAGCAUUCUUCGCGGUGGUCAUUUACCCUCUAUACGAUGGAAGACAUGCAAUUACCAAGGCAUAUCGAGGUGUUUGGAGUUCGAUUAACGGUAAAUUUAGCCAGCCAUGA